AUGUAUAUUUCUCUAAUGAUGAAAUCAGUCGGUAGCAUGAGGAUUUUGAAAGAAGUGCGUCGCAGUCAGUCAAUGUGUCGUCACAUAUUUCUUUGGUAUCGAGAGGGCAAGAAAAAAGGCUUUGGGAAGCUUCACGUUAUCGACAAAGGCUUUGGACAACAACCGUGGGCUCUCAUUCAGUCCAACUUUGUUAAACUAGUAGCAACACUUGCUGUUUUCUAG